AUGAACUGUCCCUCUCGAACAGACGACACUCUUCUUCACUGCGAAUGGAAUCAGAAUCCGCCUUUUCUGGCGCCGGAUUUGACCACCCGCCAAGACUUCAACGGCAUCACCAAUGCCCGUGUGUACAGAUCUGGCACUGGGCUGGCUGCCGUUUCGUUGACCAGCUGGAAUGACACCCAAGCUAUGCUGGAACGCCCAGAUAAUCCCAUAGCGGAUAAGUCAAAGUCACUCGGGGCGUCGCUGACACAGUCAGAACGCCUCAACUACUUUCAAAACCACAAUAUUGCUAGCCACUUUCAUUGUCUCCGGCAUCUUGAUCGAUCGACACUCGAAGAGAUCAAGGGCUGGGUCUGGUGGCUGCUAUCGGUUCUCUUGACAUCUGCGCUCAUCUCCCAUGAGAGCCUGGGAAGAUACUUGAGCUCUACCGUCUCGGUCUCUGAUAAUGCAGCCGAGUCCCAAGCAAAAGUCGUCAAACGAUCAACAUGCGCCCAAGGAGGCGUCAAGAACAGCCAAUAUAACACCUCUCUGCAUAUAGGCGCUCUUUUUAUCAUCCUGAGCGUCUCUACCUUGGCUUGUGCGUUUCCCGUAUUGGCAACAUGGUUCCCUCGUCUACGCAUCCCUCCAUCGGUUCUUUUUACGGUGAGCCAUUUCGGAACGGGCGUCCUCAUUGCCACGGCAUUCGUUCAUCUGCUUCCGACUGCAUUUACUUCCCUCAAUGAUCCAUGCUUGUCCGACUUUUGGACCACCGACUACCCGGCCAUGCCAGGGGCCAUUGCCCUCGGAGGCAUUUUUCUGGUGACUGUUGUCGAGAUGGUCUUCAGUCCCGCACGACAUGUGUGCCGUGGUGGGCUCAAAGUCUCUGAGCAGAAGACCGACAAUAGUGUCUACAACUCCCCUGUCCCUGUUGACAAAGAAUCAGAAUGCCCAGCUGAGAUCAAACGACCUACCUGUACUAGGGUCGAAAGCCAAUCGCACUUGCGUGACCUUGGCCCAUUGAUUGGCAGGCAAUCUAGCGUGAGUCGGACUAUCAACCGCAUGGGUGAAGAAUCCGAUCGCAUCAUGCGGAUUGCUUCUGCUCCUGAAGGCACGCAAGUAUUUCAAGAAAGCAAAGUACAACCGGUCGAGGACUUGGAAAGGAGCGAUAACCUUGCCCUCAGUUCAGAACAGAAACACAAAAAAGCCGUCAUGCAGGUUUUCCUGUUGGAAAUGGGGAUCCUCUUUCACAGUGUAUUCAUCGGCAUGUCACUCAGUGUGUCGGUAGGCAGCGAGUUUGUGGUCCUAUUGAUCGCCAUCGUAUUCCAUCAAACAUUCGAGGGUCUCGCAUUGGGUUCUCGCAUCGCUGCCCUUGACUGGCCGGAAAGGGCCUCCCAGCCAUGGCUUAUGUCCUUGGCUUACGGAUGCACAACUCCGAUCGGCCAGGCAAUAGGCCUCGCAACACAUACUCUUUACAGCCCGGAUUCGGAAGUAGGACUGCUCCUGGUGGGUACCAUGAACGCAAUUUCUUCUGGUCUUCUCAUCUUCGCCUCUCUAGUCGAAUUGAUGUCGGAGGAUUUUCUCAGUGACGAAAGCUGGCGUGUUCUCAGGGGCCGGAAACGUGUUUUUGCGUGUCUACUAGUCUUCAUGGGCGCUUUCUGCAUGAGCCUCGUUGGAGCAUGGGCAUAG